CAUUUGCAAUUCAAGUACAUAAAAAGCUGCAGCAUGCAGCACUUUGAUAUACGACAUCGUUUUUCACUAAUUCGUAUGCAACUAAUAAUGCGGAUAAUCACCUAAUUAUAUCUUUCCUAAGCACUCAGACAAUCAGAAUCUCUCUCACAACCGCUACAGCCGAACAGGAUCCUGGCUUUUUUUUACUGCAUCACUUUCCUUCAAAUUUUCCCUAGAAAGUGACGCUUCUAAACACAGACACAUUAAAAAACCCUUACCCAAAUACAAAAUUUUUAUUAAAUGUGGCGGAGAUCUGCUUCUUUCAUUCUCGACAGACAGCAAGAGCAAAACGACGGCGGCCCACCAAAUCCUGAAUCCCUCUUUCUCUCAUCUCCACCUCCUCCCAUGGCCGAUUCUCUCCAAAACCCUAAAUCUAAUAUUUCCGCCUAUUACCAGAACCGUGCCGCCCAACACCCCGUUGUAACGAGCGAUUGGCUCGCCCAGGCCCAGGCCGCUGUCAGCCGCAACCCCGACGAUGAUGACUCGUCUGGAGGUGACGUAAGAGUCGCCCCGACUGGUGGAGGAAAAGGAGGCGAGAAGGCGUUUAGCGUUAUUGGUGAGUUCAAUAGCUGGAGGAAGCAGCCGGAUUUGGCGGAGGCCGUGGCGGCUAUACGCGCCCUCGCGGCGGUUAUCAGGGCUAGCCAGGCUACCACCAUGAUGGAGCUUGAAAUUGAGAUUAAAAAGGCUUCUGAUUCACUUAAAUCAUGGGACACAACCUCUAUCUCUUUGACAGCAGGUUGUGAUCUCUUCGUGCGAUAUGUGACUCGAACAUCAGCUUUAGAGUACGAGGACUUUAAUUCAGCUAAGUCUCGCCUGAUUGAACGUGCAGAGAAGUUUGGGGAAAUAUCUUGUAAGGCACGCAGGAUUAUUGCAAUGCUAAGUCAAGAUUUUAUAUUUGAUGGUUGUACCAUUUUGGUACAUGGUUUCUCCAGAGUUGUUCUAGAAGUAUUGAUGACAGCAGCACAAAACAAGAAACUUUUUCGAGUUUUCUGCACAGAAGGAAGGCCAGACAGAACAGGACUACGAUUAUCUAAUGAGCUGGCCAAGCUUGAUGUCCCUGUAAAGCUUAUAAUAGACUCUGCUGUGGCAUAUACUAUGGAUGAGGUGGAUAUGGUAUUUGUUGGGGCAGAUGGAGUGGUUGAAAGUGGGGGUAUCAUAAAUAUGAUGGGGACAUACCAGAUUGCAUUGGUGGCGCAUAGCAUGAAUAAACCUGUUUAUGUGGCAGCUGAAAGCUACAAGUUUGCCCGUCUUUAUCCAUUGGACCAAAAGGACAUAGGUCCUGCCUUACGCCCCAUUGAUUUUGGGGUACCCAUUCCAUCCAAGGUCGAGGUUGAAACAUCUGCUAGAGAUUACACUCCUCCUCAAUAUCUUACUCUACUAUUUACAGAUUUGGGUGUUCUUACUCCUUCCGUGGUUAGUGAUGAACUUAUUCAGCUAUAUUUAUAGUGACGCUUGGAUGUAAUUUUCUUUAAAAAUUUCAAAAAAUGUCCGGAAAGAUUAUUAAAAUUUGAAUGUGUUAUGAAACUUGUUUCAUCCCAUUGGUUUCACAAAUCAGAGGAUCAUGUAUGCAUCAUAUAAAAAAUGAGGAAUUUCCUUUUCCAUGUACAUAAUUAGCUAGAGGAACUUCAUCAAUAACAAAAACACUAGCGAUAUCAACAAUGAUUAAUUAGUCCAAUUCAGACGGAAAGGAAUUCUCUUCUUUUGCCAACCAAGGUUCAAUCAUUGGGAUAGCAUUUUAGGAGUAAAAUUAUGAAUGUAUGAAGAUGAUUUCGAUCAUUGUAAAGAGUAUUUUAAAAGUAAA